AUGGCGGCGGCCGCGGCGGAGCAGCAACAGUUCUACCUGCUCCUGGGAAACCUGCUCAGCCCCGACAAUGUGGUCCGGAAACAAGCAGAGGAAACCUAUGAGAAUAUCCCAGGCCAGUCAAAGAUCACAUUCCUCUUACAGGCCAUCAGAAAUACUACAGCUGCUGAGGAGGCUAGACAAAUGGCUGCUGUUCUCCUAAGACGUCUUUUGUCCUCUGCAUUUGAUGAAGUCUACCCAACUCUUCCUUCUGAUGUCCAGACUGCCAUCAAGAGUGAACUACUAAUGAUUAUUCAAAUGGAAACACAGUCUAGCAUGAGAAAGAAAAUUUGUGAUAUUGCUGCAGAGUUGGCCAGAAAUUUAAUAGAUGAGGAUGGUAACAACCAAUGGCCUGAAGGUUUGAAGUUCCUUUUUGACUCAGUCAGCUCUCAAAAUAUGGGACUGCGGGAAGCUGCCCUUCACAUUUUCUGGAACUUUCCUGGAAUUUUUGGGAACCAACAGCAGCACUAUUUAGACGUCAUCAAACGGAUGUUAGUUCAAUGUAUGCAAGAUCAAGAACAUCCAGCGAUCCGAACACUAUCUGCUAGAGCUACAGCUGCAUUUAUACUUGCAAAUGAGCAUAAUGUUGCUCUAUUCAAACAUUUUGCAGACUUGUUACCCGGAUUCUUACAGGCUGUAAAUGAUUCGUGCUAUCAGAAUGAUGAUUCGGUCCUAAAAUCCCUUGUGGAGAUUGCAGAUACUGUUCCAAAAUAUUUGCGUCCUCAUUUGGAAGCUACUUUACAGCUAAGUCUAAAGUUGUGUGGAGACACUAGCCUCAAUAAUAUGCAACGCCAGCUUGCCCUUGAAGUAAUUGUGACCCUCUCUGAGACUGCGGCUGCUAUGUUAAGAAAACAUACCAAUAUUGUUGCACAAACUAUUCCUCAGAUGUUAGCAAUGAUGGUUGAUCUAGAAGAGGAUGAGGACUGGGCAAAUGCGGAUGAACUAGAAGAUGAUGAUUUUGACAGCAAUGCAGUUGCUGGUGAGAGUGCUUUGGACCGAAUGGCUUGUGGACUUGGUGGAAAGCUCGUUUUGCCCAUGAUCAAGGAACACAUUAUGCAGAUGCUUCAAAAUCCUGACUGGAAAUAUCGACAUGCAGGAUUAAUGGCUUUAUCUGCCAUUGGGGAAGGAUGCCACCAGCAAAUGGAAGGAAUUCUAAAUGAGAUAGUAAAUUUUGUUUUGCUUUUUCUUCAGGAUCCUCAUCCAAGAGUGAGGUAUGCAGCCUGUAAUGCAGUUGGACAGAUGGCUACAGAUUUUGCACCUGGUUUCCAAAAGAAAUUCCAUGAAAAGGUGAUUGCAGCUCUUCUACAGACCAUGGAAGACCAAGGCAAUCAGCGAGUGCAGGCCCAUGCCGCUGCCGCUCUCAUUAACUUUACGGAGGACUGUCCCAAGUCACUGCUUAUUCCAUAUUUGGAUAAUUUGGUGAAACAUCUACAUUCCAUCAUGGUACUUAAACUUCAGGAGUUGAUUCAAAAAGGAACCAAGCUAGUUUUGGAACAAGUUGUGACAUCUAUCGCAUCAGUUGCAGAUACUGCAGAGGAAAAGUUUGUCCCCUACUAUGACUUAUUUAUGCCAUCACUAAAGCACAUUGUUGAGAAUGCAGUUCAAAAGGAACUUAGACUUCUCAGAGGAAAAACUAUUGAAUGCAUCAGUCUCAUUGGUCUGGCUGUUGGGAAGGAAAAAUUCAUGCAAGAUGCAUCGGAUGUGAUGCAGCUAUUGUUGAAGACCCAGACAGACUUCAGUGAUAUGGAAGAUGAUGAUCCUCAGAUCUCUUACAUGAUCUCAGCAUGGGCCAGAAUGUGCAAAAUCCUUGGAAAAGAAUUUCAGCAAUAUCUUCCAGUGGUCAUGGGGCCUUUAAUGAAGACAGCUUCAAUUAAGCCUGAAGUAGCCCUUUUAGAUACCCAAGACAUGGAAAAUAUGAGUGAUGAUGAUGGUUGGGAGUUUGUGAACCUUGGAGACCAGCAGAGUUUUGGUAUUAAAACUGCAGGAUUAGAAGAAAAAUCAACUGCUUGUCAGAUGCUGGUUUGCUAUGCUAAGGAGUUAAAGGAAGGCUUUGUGGAAUAUACCGAACAGGUUGUCAAACUGAUGGUUCCUUUACUGAAAUUUUAUUUCCAUGAUGAUAUCCUACAAUAUUUGAUGUAA